AUGGCUGGAUUUCUACAUCAGACUCAUACCAACGAAGACGGCAAGUCUACAAUUUCUAAACUUCGGACUGAAUUGUAUAUUCUGUACUUCUUGCUCAAAGGCCGAGUCUAUCACGGCGAUAUCUGGCAGAUAAUCGGAGGGCGUAUAUUGGAAGCACAGACAGAAGAAUCGUUGCGAACGGUUAAGGAUAACAAAGGGCGCGUAACCGUAGAGCGAGCUUUCAUGGAACAGAAGAGGGAUCGAUGUCAGCUGGAGAUGUCUUUGUGCAGCCAGGCUAUCGAUCACGUACAGCAACGAUGGAUAAUGCGUGAGAUUCUCCCAACUACGCAAACCAAUGUAUCUACAGAGGCCUGUUCAACAUCCAUAGGAGCCUAUUCGGCAGCUGUACAACACAAGUGCGAAACUUGGUUAAGAGAGCAAGACCCCGACUUCACGCCAGUUAGACAACUUUUUUCGGACAAAUAUGGCUACUCAAAUUGUAUCACACAUAUAGAGCAACGAAUGCCAGUCAUCGUGCACUCCAUCGACUCCUCGUUCCACCUGUCGAGCACAUGGGUCCCACCUGGCGUUCAAGAGGCCUUUGAUAAGGCAUGCCAUUUGGAACUUCGCUCUCAGACAGGACUCGUGGCAACCUACCUUGAUAUGGAAGGUUACCAUUCUCAUCAGCGCAACCCCGAGUUAGAGUUAUAUCACUUGCAUGUGAAGAUGUGUCGUGCCAAAGCUGAGGUAGAAGUUUAUGAACUGGCGAUUGGAAAUGCGCCUGCAUCUGACUACUCUGACAGCGACGCUUCGUCAUCACUUGGCAGCCGCCCUUAG